AUGGAUCCCGAUCUUACUCGCCCACUCUUGAUCUCAUCUAGCAGUACAAUACACCAUGCAUCUGUUCCAGUGAGCCCCGCUUCUGAGAAUGAUACUCCGCCCUCCAACGCGGUCACCGUCGCCCUGCGAUGGAACGAGUCAAAGACUAUGAUAUGGAGAGUACUAGCUACUUUCUGCGGUGCACUGGUCAUGGGCGCCAAUGAUGCAGCAUAUGGGGCGAUAAUCCCUUACCUCCAGCUUGCCUACAACAAGAGCUAUACUAUCAUUUCCCUAGUAUUCCUGUCCCCAUUUCUGGGCUACACCAUCUCCGCUGUCGUUAGUAAUCUGAUCCACCAGCGCCUUGGUCGUCGUGGCGUGGCGUUCAUCGGCCCAGCAUGUCACUUGCUUGCCUUUGCUGUCAUCUCAACAAAUCCCCCUUUUCCAGUGCUGGUGAUAAUGUACAUCUUUGUUGGACUUGGCAGCGGGAUUCAGAAUGCCGGGUGGAAUGUGUGGAUCAGCAGUAUGGCCAACUCUCACGAAGUCCUCGGAUGUUUUCACGGAUUCUAUGGCAUCGGGGCUACAAUUAGUCCCUUUAUUGCGACUAGCGUGAUCACGAAAGCUGGCUGGAAAUGGAAUUCAUACUAUUACCUUCUGACGGGGGCUGCGGUUUUAGAACUCGUCAACGCCACCAGCGCCUUUUGGUCAGAGACUGUAUCCAAGUAUCAACAGGAUCAUCCGUCUUCUGCUGAUAGAGAUAACGGUGGGUCUCUCAACCAGACCCGACUAUCACUCAUGUACAGAGUCACCUGGAUCUGUUCUAUCUUUCUCUUCCUGUAUGGCGGCAUCGAGGUCGCUAUCGGAGGUUGGAUCGUCGUAUUCAUGACCAGUGUCCGCCAUGGCAGCCCCUUUGCAUCUGGUAUGGCUGGAACAGGCUUCUGGCUCGGCGUCACGCUGGGCCGCUUCGUACUGGGGUUCGUCACACCUCGCAUCGGAGAGAAAAUAUCGAUUAUCGUGUACAUUUUGCUUGCUAUUGCGCUUGAAUUGGUCUUCUGGCUCGUUCCGGAGUUUAUCGUCUCGGCGGUAGCGGUUGCACUGGUUGGGUUCUUCUUGGGAACCAUUUUCCCCGGCGUUGUGGUGGUUGCUACUCGGUUGUUGCCAAAGCACUUGCAUGUCGCAGCUAUUGGGUUUGCAGCUGCGUUCUCUAUGGGUGGGGGAGCCGUCUUUCCCUUCAUGAUCGGUGCUAUUGCGCAGGCCAAGGGAGUGACAGUACUGCAGCCCAUCUUAGUGGCAAUGUUGGCUGUUGCGCUGUUGAUUUGGGGGACGGUACUGCGAGCUCCGGUCCCGCAGUCACUGCAUGAAGUUUGA